AGGGACAUCAGGACAACUAUUUUGACUUUUUGGAAUAAUUUGAGGAUCUAUCUCCAUCAUCUCUCUUCUUUACCAAUUUUCUUUCACCUAAGUCCUGUUCCUUCAGACCACUCCCCUUUGUUUUCUGUGCUUCUCCAUUCUGUUCGUGAACAGAUUUAUUUCUCCUGCUGCAGCAGAGCACUGGAGGGAAAGCACCCAAUCUAUAUUUGUCAGCUGCUGUGGUUGGACCAGCUUCGUGGUAGAUGACCCAGGAUCCUUUGUUUGCGGUUUUCUACAGACACCUGCAGCUCCCAUCUCCUCACCAUCCCACCAAGGAACUAAGGAUCUAUUCGGAUCUGUUUUAAGGACAAAUGAAAUUAAAGGCAUAUUUAUUUGAUUUGGAUCAACAAAACUUUCCAGCUCAACCUCUCUACCUACCGAAGCUCUAAGUUUUCAGAGUGACUUCUCCUUCAAAGACAAGACCAACUUGGUCAAGAGUGUUUCAGACACAGAUGCCAAACUUUUGGUUGUUCUUCCCAAGGUGUCAGAGUUGAAAAAGUACUUUGAGAAAGCUAUCUCCAAGGAUCUGGACAUGAACAGGAAAGAGAGGAUAGCCCGGCGGAUAGAGGGGAUUGAAAGUGAAGCGUCACCUUCUCUGAUGCCAGGUGGUUUUGUGGCCAACAGGAUGCUGGAGGAAGAUGCACCUCGGUACACCCGUGCCUCUGAUCACUGUGAGCCUCGUGGGAUGGUGAGGCGUUACAGUCGAGAAGAGAUGGAGCCACCGCAGAAGAAGGUGACAUCUCCAGACAGAACACCUCAGGUGAAAGGUGGUAAUGGCAGCAGACGCCCAGAGCCGGUUGUUGUUUACGUUGAUCCAGUGACGUUAUCCACCUCGUCCACACCCACAUCAGGUCCACCGUCAAACCUCAGUUCCAAGGCUGAACGCAUUGCCCGCUACAAAGCUGAGCGCCGCCGGCAGUUGUCAGAACGCUAUGGCAUCCUCCUGGAUCAAGAAGCGGACACUGAAUACACACCGCGAUACCGCUCCCGGCGUGAACCGGACACCUCCAACCAACAGAUCACAGCCAUGAGAGACAGAGAGAGUACAGAGAUGGAGGCACAUGGACGGGAGACGAGGGUACCUUACCGCUCUGGAGUGGGCCGGGUUUACAUGACAACACACCCAGAUUCUGCCCAUGCUGACCCAGCAAGACCCACCCACUCAAAUCAACCCCCUCUCUCAACUCAAGAAAGACCUGGCAGAUUUUUAGAGCAGGAGAAAGUGAUGAAUAUGGAGAACUAUCACCGAAGGGGUGCUCAAGAGCGCUCAGUUACAUCUAGAGGCAGGAUGCAGGAGCAGCAUCAGCAUCAGCCACAACAGAGGAAGCACACCCACCAACAGGACGCCUCCCACCAAGAUCCAAGCCCCGCCUCCACCAGGAACUACACCAUUGCAGCAAUGCCGAGCUCUCCUCGCACAGCCCGCCGCGCAUCUUUGCCCUCCACACGCUACGGCAUCUCACCUGGAGAUUUAUUCAUAGAGCAGCAGGCUCAGAGCAUCCUCAACAGGCAGGGAAUCCGAGUAAGGGAACGAUUGUCCAGGGAAGAAACACCCCGGAAACCCCCAGACCAAAGUCCAGACAGGCACCUCCAAAACAGACAUCAUAGUCAUGGGAGCACAGCUAAGUAUACAGAACAGCGUUCAGAGUACACCCAUCAAAGGACUGUUCCACAACCUCAGCCCAGUCCAGGCCACCAUCCUGCCCCUUUCACAUCUGAGUACCAACACUUGGGCCCUGCUGUAGACUCUCAGCCUAUUGUGGCCAUGAAUGCUCCUGUGUCAACUGGGACACCUUCAGAAGUCCUGGAACUACAACCACGAAGAAGGGUGAGUGCCGACCAAAUCCAUGCUGCUCAUAGGGAGUCAAGAAUGGAAGCAAGACAGGUCCUAAAAGAAGAAGUGCAGACAGAGGGCCUGCUAAAGAGCAGGAAGGCAGUGUUACCCUCUGAAAUUCGCAGGAGGGAAAGAAGCGUGGAUGAUAAUAACAGGGCCCAGCCUGAAGACAUGGACUGGCAAAUCUUCAGCCCAGAGCGGAGGAGGAGAAGUCAUGAAGAGGAAGAUUGGGAUCAUGAGUGGCCAAGAGAGAGGGGUAGGGAAAGAAAAGCUCAGAAAAUCAGGGAAAGGGUAGGAGAACAUCCUUCCACUCAUGACAGCCAAGAGGAGAAAAUUUGUAGAUCUAUGCAGCCUGCCUACUCCUCUGUAUGCCAGCAGCAUAGGCAGGAUCAGUCCAUGGAGCCCAUGCACCACCAAGAGCACCAAUUAGAGCAGCAUGAGCCCCCAGAGCAAAAGCAGUAUGAAGUCAGAAAGGUUGAACAUACAACUCAAAUUCAGCAAGAUCUUCAAAAAGAACAUCAGCACAGUCACUUGAGAAAACCCCAGGAUAACCCGAGACAGUCUCUAGGCCAGUAUGAGUUCCAAACAAAAGAGCCCCCAAGUAAACAGGAACUCUUUCAAAUACAACAUCAAGAUCCCCAAACUAAAAAAGCGAUGGUGCCUCAGAAGGCGCUGUCACAGCACCAGAGUUUUGACUCAGCUGUCUACCUCCAGAGGGGGUCCUCUCUGCCUCAGGCCAAACACAGAAGUAUGGAAAUAAGUGGAGGGCCCAAACCCAAGAUACGAACCCGCUCCAUGUCAGAUAUAGGUGUAAGCCAACACUCCACCGUGUAUCAAACUGAGAGAGCAGGGGUCGGGAGAGAGGCCUUCAGAAUUGUCCCUCCACCUGGUUUGGCUAACGGCGAAGUGGGCACCCUGGACACGAGGGUGUCAGUAGCACAGCUGCGACACUCUUACCUGGAGAAUGCCAACCGGAAGCCAGAGCUAGAGACAACUAAAGCAGAUCUCGCAGCUAAGGAUGUAGAGCCAGCUAGCAGCAGCAGCGACGGGGACAAGGGUCCUCGAAGGCCUCGCCGUUACAUUACUCCAGGAGACAGUCGCACGUCGGAGAGGUUCAGGACACAGCCCAUCACUUCUGCAGAACGUUUAGAAUCCGACAGAUCAUGUCUAAGUCCAUCGCAGCUACAAGAUGCUGAAGGAGAUGAAGAAAAAGUGGAUGAGAGAGCCAAGAUGAGUGUGGCUGCAAAAAGGUCCCUCUUCAGGGAGUUAGAAAAAACAUCAGAGGGAGCUGUUCCCAAACCCCGCUCACGAAACGUUGCCGUAGAACGACGCCUGAGAAGAGUUAAGGACCGUUCACACACACAACCUGUCACCAACAAAGAGGUGGUCAAUGCAUCCAGUGAUACUGCCCCGUCAUCACAACCAGAGGGGGCCCCUGCAAGCCAAAAUCAAGUCUGCAGCCCUACGAUAGCCAGCACAAAUGCAACUAGCAUAAGCAUUCAGGCCUCUUCCCAGCCAGGCUCGACAACCCAGGAGCAGGAGACAGAAAUGCAGGAUCCCCAGAAACACACUGCCGGUGCUGGAGGAGAUAAAGAUGGCCAGGACCCUUUGUCUGAGGAGCCAGACUUUUCCACACUCAGUCUAUGUGAGAAAAUGGCCCUUUUUAAUCGCCUCGCCCAUCCCUCGGCCAAAACAGCAGAGGACUCCCGAGGGGACACCCGCCAGCGAAGAGCCAACGCUCGCUUUCAGACCCAACCCAUCACCCAAGAAGAGGUGAAGCAGGAAACUGUAACCUCUGCUGUGUGUAACAGGGACUUAGACGCCUCUCAGGGAGAACACGUGAAAAGCGGAGGCAAAAUCAAACUGGAGCCGCUGUCGGUUUCCCUGGUUCGAUCUGUAGCAGCCGUCACUUCGCAAGCCUCUGUCACCACGGUAACUAUGGCCCCACACAAUAGCGAUGAUGGUUUUCAUCCAGAGAAAUCAACAGCCAUCCCAUACAUCCCUGCCCAACAACAGGCCCCCAGCAGCGCCAACAUCCACCAGGAGAGGGCACCACGGUAUUUCUCCCUGACCAAGAGGGGGCACCAAGGCCACAAUGAGGGGGAGCCUGAUUUCUCCCCCCUCCUUCCUGGCAGCCCAGAGAAAGCUGGGGCCCCUCCUGCUCUCCCCUCGUCCUCAGUGGGUCACAGACAGCAGAAGGAGGUGCUGGUGGAGGGCUGGCGAGGGAGGCAAGAAGAGGAGGAGAAAGCUGGAGGGAGAGAGCAGGGAGGAGCCAGAGAAGACAGCAUUCAGGAAAAGCUGCUCUCCUCUGACAGGGACAGAGGGGACCAGCUGCAGCAUCCUAAGCACUCUGCCGAGCCCUCAUUGUGGCGAGGCGAGCAGGAGCCUCAGACCAGCAGGAGAGCUGCAGACUCCCAGGAGGUUGGAGAGAAAGGAAGAGGAAAAGGAGGGCAGCUGAGAGAGGCCACAGUAGCUUACAGCUCCCCCAAACAGGAGCAGAAGGGAAGCCACGGAGGCAUCUCAGACGUGCCGGAUCAUCCAGGUCCGCUGAAGCCACUGAUAGCUAAGGUAUCAUCCCGGACUGUGUCUUAUAUUUCAAGUGGCCAUCAUCAGCAGCAAAACGUCGUACAGCCCCCUCAGACCCUUCCCAAACCCGCCUUAUAUAUCCAGCCACAGUCGUACUCCCAGCCCCCACCAACAUAUCCCAAACCUUUCACUCAUUCUCUGCAAACCCAACCCAAACCUCCGGGACUGAUCCAGUCUAUGCCUAAGCCCUACCCUCAGGUAGCUCCCCAGUCUCGUCAGGCCGGACCACAGGUGCCUCCUCAGACGCCCCCUAAACCUCACUCCUUCCCUCAGGCUCUCAAAUCUCAGUCCGCAAGUGCAGACCAUCUUGAGGACUUCAGCAGGAAUAGUGUCCAUUCUGGAGACCUGCUGUCCCCCACGGAGCCUGGAGACCAACUGUCUGACGGCAUGUCCACCAAAAAGAUGUCCAUCAAGGAGAGAGUGGCACUGCUGAAGAAGAGUGGUGAGGAAGACUGGAGGAACAGGAUCAACAAGAAACAGGAAGUGGUAAAAGUGGCAUCAGCCGAUCAGCAGCCUCAGCAAUGGGAGAUGGAGCAGACCAGCCAGAAGAAGGAGGAAGGGGUGGUCGCUCAGGACCAGUCUACUGUGUCUGGCUCUGAACAGCUUUGGGAGCCUGUGUUCUCCUCCACCUUUUCACCUACUAUUUCCCUUGGCCAAAAGUGCCAGUAUAUUGACCAUCAUGGUCAGAAGGCUGGAGAAGAAACUGAAGCCCAUAUGACUAUCGAAGAAAGGAAACAGAUGAUUUCAACGCGUGAGGAUGCCUGGAAGUCAAAAGGCAAAGGAGCAGCCAAUGACUCCACACAGUACACAGUUGCUGCGCGGAUGGUCAAGAAAGGCCUGGCAGCCUCCUCCUCAGUUAUCAGUCCCAUUCUGUCACCAGUUUCCACCAAACUCAAGAGCAACACGGCGGCUGUCAACAAGCCACAAGAGGAAAUUGAGGCAAGACCAGACAUGGAGUCAGAUAAGAAGCUUGACAAGCUGGAGAGCUUUUUGGGACGAAUUAAUAGCAAAGUGGCAGGUUUUCAGGAAACCACUCUAACAGUGACAGAGAAGGCAGUGAAGGAGGUGAUGAAGCUGGACGAUGAGAUUUUCUCCAAGUUCUACAGACGUGUUGCAGAACUUCCUCGCAUGCCCACCAGGAUCGAGAUCAGCGAAGACUUUGACAGCAUCUUUGGUUCUCACGGUCCAACGCUGGCCUCAGCCAUGGUGCAGCAUAAGCGAUCUGUUCGACCGUCCAGGAAUGUUCAGGCAUCUAAAAAUCCUCUUAAAAUGCUGGCAGCUAGGGAGGACAUUCGACAUGAAUACACAGAGGAGAGACUGAAUGUGGCACAGUUGGAGAGCAAGAGGGUGAAGGCUGAGAAGAUAAAUAAAAGCUCAGAGUACUCUGAGGCGGCUCUGGCAGGUCUGGCCAGUAAAGAAAACUUCAGCAGUGUAAGUCUACGAAACGUCAACAUGUCGGAACAGACCUCCAACAACAGCGCAGUGCCAUACAAGAACCUGAUGCUGAUCCAAGUUAAAGGUCGCCGUCAUGUUCAGACCAGAUUAGUGGAGCCCAGAGCCUCUUCUUUGAACAGUGGGGACAGUUUCGUGCUGGUCACACCGGAGCACUGCUUUGUCUGGAUAGGAGAGUUCUCAAAUGUGAUUGAGAAAGCUAAAGCGAUGGACUUGGCCACUUUCAUCCAUACACAGAAGGACAUGGGCUGCAGAGCAAGUCAGGUGCAAACUAUCAAUGAAUCUGUUGAUACACAGGGUUCUGAUGCACAGGAGUUCUGGACAAUCCUGGGUGGACAAAUGCCUUACAAAUCUGCAGGUCCACCAGAGGAGGAUGAGCGCUUUGAGAGUGGCAUUGUGGAAACCAACUGUAUCUUUAGACUAGUAGACGACAAACUGGUUCCUGAUGAUGAGGAGUGGGGGAAGAUUCCUCACACCUCCCUGCUUGCAUCUAAGGAGGUGUUGGUGUUUGACUUUGGCAGCGAGGUGUACGUGUGGCACGGCAAAGAGGUGACUCUAGCACAGAGGAAGGUGGCCUUUCAGCUCGUCAAACACCUGUGGAACGGGACGUUUGACUACAGCUGCUGCGACAUCAACCCUCUAGACCCCGGAGGCUGUAACACACUCAUCCCCAGGAAGGGCCAGGGCCGUCCUGACUGGGCCAUAUUUGGCAGACUCACUGAGCACAAUGAGACCAUCUUGUUCAAAGAGAAGUUCAUUGACUGGACUGAAAUUAAGUCUCCAACCCUGAAAGAAGGGAUUGAGUUUAUAACUGAGCAGAAGGAGGCCCCUGGACGCCAGUGUCGACCUUACGACACCUCCCUGAUGCUGCCUCUCCUCCAGUCGCCAGUUUGCACCAUUUUGGACGGGGUGAGCGUGGGCCGUGGCUACGGCCCCGUGGAGACGGAGGACCACAUGAGGCUGCAGGAGAUCAGCACUGCAUCUGUGGACGUUUGGCACAUCCUGGAGUUCGACUACAGCCGUCUGCCCCGCCUGAGCAUCGGCCAGUUCCAUGAGGGGGACGCCUAUGUGGUCAAAUGGAAGUUCAUGGUUAACACCUCCGUGGGUCGAAGGCUGAACCCUGAAGCAAGGAGCAGUGGGCCAGGGAAGGAGAAAUGCUGCUAUUUCUUCUGGCAGGGCAGGAACUCUACCGUCAGCGAGAAGGGGACAUCAGCACUGAUGACGGUUGAACUGGAUGAGGAGAGAGGUGCUCAGGUCCAGGUACAGCAGGGAAAGGAGCCACCAUGUUUCCUGCAGUGCUUUAAUGGCGGGAUGAUCAUCCACGCUGGCAAGAGGGAGGAGGAGGAGGAGAACACUCAGAGUGAGUGGCGUCUGUACUGCGUGAGAGGUGAGGUGCCGGUGGAGGGCCACCUGCUGGAGGUGGCAUGUCACUGCAGCAGUCUGCGCUCCAGAGCCUCCAUGAUCCUGCUCAACAUUAACAAAGCCCUCAUCUAUCUGUGGCACGGCUGCAAGUCUCAGCUGCACACUCGCAGCGUUGGGAGCAGAGCCGCGCUUAAAAUCAAGGAACAGUGUCCUCUGGAAGCAGGUCUUCACAGCAGCAGCAAAGUGACCAUCCAUGAGUGCGAUGAAGGAGUCGAACCUCCGGGCUUUUGGGAAGCGCUGGGGAGGAAAGACAGGAAAGCUUAUGACUGCAUGCUUCAAGAUCCGGGUAAAUUCAACUUCACUCCACGGCUCUUCCAGCUUUGCAGCACAUCUGGAGAAUUUGUAGCAACAGAGUUCUUCCACCUGUCCAGAGCUCCAGAUCUGGUCAGCUCGCUGCCGUUCCUGCAGGAAGACCUGUACAACACUCUCCAACCUGCUUUGUUUCUGGUGGACAACUUCCAUGAGGUGUACUUGUGGCAGGGCUGGUGGCCUCAGGACAGCGAGAGCACCGGCUCGGCCCGCAUCCGCUGGGAUGCAGACAGGAAGUGUGCAAUGGAGACUGUGCUGCUGUACUGCAAAGAGAAGAAUGAGAAGAAGCCUCAGAAGUCGUAUUUGAUCCACGCAGGUCUGGAGCCGCUCACCUUCACUAACAUGUUUCCCAGCUGGGAGCACAGAGAGGAUGUUGCUGAAAUCACAGAAAGAGAGGCAGAGGUGUGUAACCAGAUCAUCCUGGUGGAGGACGUUUUGGCCAGAUUCUGUCAGAACAUCUACCCUCUGGCUCAGCUGCAGGCCCGGCCACUGCCAGAGGGAGUCGACCCGCUCCGCCUGGAGAUCUACCUUUCUGACACGGACUUUGAGAAAGCUUUGGAAAUGACUAGAGAGGACUACGAAUGUCUCCCAGGGUGGAAGCAAGUGAACCUAAAGAAGGCCAAAGGACUGUUUUAAGCACUUUUUUUUUUUUAUAGAAGAUGGCAAGUGAAGAUGUGGAAGAAUGAAUGAUUGAGACAGGAAUACCAGAAAAUAUUUCAGAAAAUCCAAAAUAAAGGAUUAGACCGAAGACGAGUGUUGUGCUCCUCAGUUUUGUCAGUAUUAAACAGAAAUAAAUCCAUGAGGUUUAUGAGCAAGAAAAACUCCUCGCUGUGAUUCAUAUGUGGUCUUUAAAUUCUCUUCCCAGCACUGAAGUCGCCACGUGAGGAAGAAAAAACCUUAGACGCCUGUUGUCAGAGUGCCAUGUCGUGGCUGUGUGUGUGCGUGCGACUGUAUAUAUGUUUGUGUGACCAAUGUUUCUUGCUGUAAAUCUGUGUGUAUGCAACUUUGUGACUUUGUACCCUUGUAAAGACAAACAUUGGGUGUUGCAGGGAAAAACAAACGCUGCCAGGCCCUAUAGAUGACUCCUAAUUGACUUUGUUACGCUGCAAAGAGACUCUGGCUAAGCUAAAUGACCGAGAGGCGAGCUGUAACGUAAAGAGAAAAAACACAGUGCCUUGCUUUUUGUGUACAGUUUAUAUACAGAAAUUCUAGUCUGCAUUUUUAAAGACUUUCUUUGUGAUAUAAGACAUAGAGGAUUAAAUUAAAAAUAAUGCCCAAACCGA